CUUUUACUCAUUUCUUGCAAGGGUUUCCGUUUCGGCGAUCUUCUAUCUCUGUGAAGAAAACUCUUGAAUUUUUCCGGUUCGGGGGGAGAUGGUGAGUUCGAAGCCGGCGACGGGGGAGAGUACUCCGUGCGAUUUCUGCAGCGAGCAGCCGGCGGUGCUGUACUGCAAGGCCGACUCGGCGAAGCUGUGCUUGUUCUGCGACCAGCACGUGCACGGCGCCAACUUGCUGUCGCAGAAGCACGUGCGGUCUCAGAUCUGCGACAACUGCGCCUCCGACGCCGUAGCCUUCCGCUGCGCCACCGACAACUUGGUCCUCUGCCAGGACUGCGACUGGGACGCCCACGGCAACUGCUCCGUCUCCGCCGCACACGAUCGCACCCCGGUUAAGGGCUUCGACGGCUGCCCCACGCCGCUGGAGCUCGCCGAGAUUUGGGGGAUAGAUCUCCGCAAGAGUCCGGGUCGGGUCAACGACCCGGACCGCUGGGGGGAGAUGGACUCGUCGUGGAACGGGGUGAACUUCCAGGACCUGAUUGUGCCGAGCCAGAACGGCGGCGUGUACCGGAGCUCCGGGGAGGCGGCUCCGGCGAAGAGGCAGGGCUCUGGUGGGAGCUUGGGGAAGCACAAGCAGGGAAUUCAGAAGCAGCUGGUGGAGCUGCUCAAGAGGGACUUCGAUGGCGGCGGAGAGAAUUUGGAAGCGCCGGCGAGGAAUAGUGAUAAUGGCUGGGAGGGAAAUGGUGAUGAGAAUAAUGUUGAUGUGAAUGUGAAUGCGGAAGGGUUUGAUGUGGAGAAUGGAAGAGUUGAUGGAGUGAAUGUAGGUUCUGCUGCUGCCGCCGUUUCGCAGCCGUUGCUGCAGCAACAAGCGGCGCCGUUUACGUCUCUGCUUAUGAUGGCUGAAGGCAUUGUUGAUCGAGAUAUGUUGUGGGAUACCAACCCCCAUGGUGGCCACAACACUCAGAACACUCAAAGCGCACAGAUAUGGGAUUUUAAUCUAGGAAAGUCGAGGGGUCAUGACGAAACAGUUCCAUUGGAUGUCUCAUAUGGUUCAGGUGGUUCAGGAUUCAUGAUUAAGAAUUUUAGUGAUCUUCUGAAAGAAGCAUCUUUGACUGAUACAAAAGUGUUUGGAGAUAUGUACCAGAUGAAUGGUUCUAUUGGACAAGAGGAUAUCAAAUUCAAUAUCAACUCAAAUAACCCAGCAGUGAGUCAGGGGCCAGCAACAUCUGAGAGCAACAACAUCUCUAUUGGCCGGCCAUCAUCAGGGUCAGCUUUUGGUGAAGACAAAGGCAACAUUGCCACUACGGAACAACCUUUCCUAAUGAGAAGUGACAGUCUGCGGACGGUAGGAACAAAGGCUAGCACGGAGCUGCUUGCGCAAAACAGGGGCAAUGCUAUGCUGCGUUACAAAGAGAAGAAGAAAAACCGAAGAUACGACAAGCACAUAAGAUAUGAAUCCAGGAAGGCAAGAGCUGAUACUAGGAAGCGAGUCAAGGGUCGAUUUGUCAAGGCUACUGAAGCCCCUGAUGGUUAGAUAAUGUUGCGAUGGGUGGGUUCUCUCCUAGCUUGUUGUCUGUAAAUAUUUCUUUUACUUUCUAUGCAAGGCAAAUGUAUAAAUUCUGCAAGUCUUUAUUCCAUGGAAGUCCAAUGUUAUUUGUUUCUUCUAUUAUCUCUGUGUUAUUCAGUUGUGAAUAUAACACAACCCCUUUUAUCUCUCAAAAUUAAAAAGGGAAAUGGGGAAGAGAGUUUCUAUAGAACUAGAUGCCUCUAGCGUUCAAGAAUAGCUUCUUCGGAGGCAUCUGUUUGACCUCCGAAAACAGAGCUGUCCUAUUCUCUGUCGUUUCAAGUUGUAACAAACAAGGAAUAUUAGACGUUAUAAUUUAUUCAUUUCUAGUUGUAUAGUUCUGAAUACUUCAAAUUC